GGGCGGGGAGGGGGCGUGUCCGGCGGCGGUCGGGGUGUCUCGCGCUGGGUGACAGCUCGCGCGUGCUGAUGAUGGCGGUCCUAACCCGUGAAUACGUAAGCACGUACUCCAUCCAUCUGAGCAGCCUCCCUAAACUUGAAUACUUGCCGAAUUGGUCAGCGAUUUCAUCUUUAGCAGCGAUAUCAGUGGGAAAAGUUAGCAAUUGAGGGUUUUGAAGCUGUGCUGCCUUACAAUGAAGACUUAAGUAGUAAUUAAAUUCUCAAAGAACCACCAAGGCUCCUUUGGAUGAAAUGAGGAUGUUCCAGGCUCUGGACGUUAUGUCGUGAAGGAAAGAAUGUUUAGACAUGACUCAGUCGAAGCAGCGAAGACUUCUGUAAGAGAUGGAUAGAUGCAAACAUGUUGGGCGGCUACGACUCGCCCAGGACCAUUCUAUCCUGAACCCGCAGAAGUGGCACUGCAUGGACUGCCAGACAACUGAGUCUAUCUGGGCUUGUCUGAAAUGCUCCCACGUAGCCUGUGGGAGGUACAUCGAGGAGCAUGCACUUAAACACUUUGAAGAAACCAGACAUCCAUUGGCAAUGGAAGUUAAUGAUUUAUAUGUAUUUUGUUACCUUUGUGAAGAUUAUGUCUUGAAUGAUAACCCCGAGGGUGAUUUGAAACUGCUAAGAAGUUCUCUGUCAGCGAUUAAAAGUCAAAAACAUGAUCCGUCGACAAGAAGUGGCAGGACUUUGCGAUCCAUGGCUUUGGGAGAGGACAUGUGCAACCAUCAAAGGACCCUUCAGGGGCAGUCUCAGAUGCUUACAGCUCUCUGGCACAGGCGCCAAUCCUUGCUUACAAAGGCGCUGCGGACCUGGUUUGAUAAGAGCUCCAGAGGCCAGCUAAAAUUACAACAGAAGAAACAAAUGGAGGAGUUGGAGAGGAAGAAGGAGGCAGCUAGGCAGCGGCGGCAGGAGAUGAAGAGACAGCUUCUGGAGGAGCUGGCAAACACUCCUCCAAGGAAGAGUGCGAGGCUGUUGUCCCACGUGCACAGAGAGAACUUGAUUCCAAGGAAAUUCAGGGAGGUGGCGACCGCUUCCCCUACCUCAAGGCAGAUGCAGAGCAGCAGAUUCAAUCAGUUUUAUUCCAUCCGGCGUAAGCCUCUGAUGACUCCUGGGGUCACGGGUUUAAGGAACCUGGGAAACACAUGUUACAUGAAUUCUAUUCUGCAAGUGCUAAGUCACCUCCAGAAAUUUCGAGAAUGUUUUUUAACGCUUGAUCUCUGUGAAACAGAAGAACUCUUAGCCAAAACUGUGAAUGGGAAGUCUAGGAUGCCUGGCAAAUUGGCAAAUGGAUCCGCUGCUAAUGAGUCAGGGAAGACUGACAAAGUGGGAUCAUAUGGCACGCAGAGCUUGCCAGCUGGCUUAAAUGGUGGCUCCUCGAUAAGCAGGAGUUUAGAACUGAUACAACCCAAGGAACCAAGUUCAAAGCACAUCUCCCUCUGUCACGAAUUGCACACCCUCUUCAGAGUGAUGUGGUCUGGCAAGUGGGCGCUCGUGUCCCCCUUUGCCAUGCUGCACUCUGUGUGGAGUCUGAUCCCAGCGUUUCGGGGUUACGAUCAGCAGGACGCUCAGGAAUUUCUAUGCGAGUUGUUGGACAAAGUACAGCAGGAGCUGGAGUCGGAAGGAACGAAGCGCAGGAUCCUCAUCCCUUUCUCUCAGAGGAAGCUCACCAAGCAGGUCCUGAAGGUGGUGAACACCAUUUUUCACGGGCAGUUGCUAAGUCAGGUCACCUGCAUAACAUGCAACUACAAAUCCAACACCGUUGAGCCCUUUUGGGAUCUUUCCCUGGAAUUUCCUGAGCGCUAUCACUCCAUUGAGAAAGGGAUCGUCCCUGUUAACCAGACGGAAUGCAUGCUGACAGAAAUGUUGGCCAAGUUCACAGAGACUGAAGCUCUGGAAGGGAGGAUAUAUGCAUGCGACCAAUGCAACAGCAAACGGCGAAAGUCUUCUCCUAAACCUCUUGUUCUGAGUGAAGCUAAAAAGCAGUUAAUGAUCUACAGGCUACCUCAGGUCCUCCGACUGCACCUUAAACGAUUCAGGUGGUCUGAACGCAAUCACCGUGAGAAGAUUGGGGUCCAUGUCCUCUUUGACCAGGUACUAAACAUGGAACCUUACUGCUGCAGGGACUCUCUCUCCUCUCUUGACAAAGAGACCUUUGUCUAUGACCUCUCCGCUGUGGUGAUGCAUCAUGGUAAAGGGUUUGGCUCAGGACACUACACAGCAUAUUGCUACAACACGGAGGGAGGUUUUUGGGUCCACUGCAAUGACUCCAAACUGAAUGUAUGUAGCGUGGAGGAGGUGUGCAAAACCCAGGCCUACAUUCUCUUUUACACUCAAAGAACAGUGCAGGACAAAGCAAGAAUCUCAGAAGAACAACUUCAAGCUCAGGUGCUGUCCAAAAAUAGUGAUAAAGACAGAAGACUGACAUUCCCAUGAUGGGAAGCUCUAUAACUCAAUCAACGGUCUCAGUUGUUGUUUGUUUUGUUUUUUUAAACCAUCGGUGUUCACAACUUUCCUCUUUGUAGGAAAAAAGGCUCACUGCAGGAAGGGGAUCAGAUCGUGGUGUUUGCCGCCCAGGGUCUGGAGAAGUAUAUCAAGCUGUGCAAUUCUGAUGCGUAAGAUUGUAGUCAGAAUCUUAGUUUUUAAUGAAUAUUGUUGUUAAAUUAUGCUCGCAAAAUGAAAAGGGAGAGUUUGAUGCUUUGUAUCAUUAGCCUCAUAUCAAAAUGGAUUUGAGUAACACAUAACAAAUGAGCACAACCAGGAAAUAGAAGCAUUCAACUGGCUUCCAAACACCUUCAGUACCUAAUAAUGCUGAUAAACCUCUAGAAGGAGCAGGUAUAGCGCCAUCCCCUUUAACUGUCGUUCAGAUUUCCGGGGUUUGAAUCACACCCAGGUAUUUAUUUUUAUGAUUGUCGGAUAGAUGGAGUUGGCUGCCCUAAAAGCCAUUCUUGCUGAAGAAAUGUUUGAUGCGCUUCUACAAGAGAAAAUAUUCCCCAGACCUCAGCUAUUUCUGUGAUACUAAUUUAUUUGCUAUCAGUUAAGGGCAAACCAAUGGCUGGCUAUUUUUGUCAACAGCUCUGGUUUUUUUUUCAGUGUUUUGGGGGCUGUGUGCACACUUGAUGCUUUAUUCUCUAGGCUGAACUGAAUAGGCAGCUAAAUUCACUAGGAAUGUGAUUCUUGAAACAGUUCUGCUCUGGAGAAUGUGUGUUUUGUUUUGUUUUAAACCAAACAAAGAAAACAACAAAAACACCCUGUAAUAAGACGGGAAUGUACCUGUGUGUGAUCAGUCACAUCUGUUUACAGUGGAAGCAAAACCGAAGCCUAUAUUACAGGUUUCCGCUGGCAUAACUGUGUUCAUCAGGUUAUAAAGAAUUUGAAGCCCUGACUUGCACAGCCAUGACAGCAGAAGCAGUUAGAAUGGAGGCAACUUACACUGGAAAACUGGCACUUUUUUUUUUUUUAACAAGUGUGGCUUGUUUUCCUCAGGGGAACAGGAUGAAGGUAAUACCACAACGGUAAGAGACAGAGCUCGGUUCUGUUACUGCUCCUGUAGUGGGAAUAUUCAUGGAUCUGAUGGUUACACAAGGCCCAGAAUAACUGAAGGCAGUGGGGUUGCACAGAUGUCGUGAUGUCAUGAGCAGAAUUUAACCUGUGAAGUCUUUAUUCCUGCUGGGGCAUAAGGGGAAGGAAUGUAGUUAACUGUCAAAUUACAUGUUGAGCUUGAAAGGCUACAAUAAUGUCUGUAUCUUGUAAUCAUCUUGAUUUUAGAACGUAGGGCCCUAGUUGACUUUUUAUAGUCACUUCUCAGCCUACAGUUGGACCUCAGGUAUUUUUAUAAUUUGGGGUUUGACUGCUCACGUUUCGUAUUUUAAACAAAUCUGAAUAUGUAACUGCAAAGAUACCUGACAUCUUUCAAUCUUGAUGGUCGCUUUUAUUUUUUUUUUUUGAAACGGUUAUAGGUUGCUGUCAUCUAAAAUAUGAGGUUCUUCAAAAAAAAAAAAAUGGAUUUCAUUAUCAGGAAGAGAAGUUCUGAAAGCAGAUUUCUCUUCUUCCCUCUUCUACUUUUGUCCUUCUCAUCAUAUGCCCAUGAGACAUAAAGUAAUAACUGUACGUUAUUGUUAGAGGGGAUGAAUAGGAAAAUUUCCCAAAUACCGUUCCUCUUUUUCCACUGCCACUACUGUAACUUCUGAUUUCCUGUCCUAUGGGCAAAUUGGUCCGUUUUACUUUGGCUGACAUUAGUCACUUUAGCCUUGCAGAGAUGAGCACAGCAAAUAUGAAACUCCUCUUUUGUGAGAGCACAGUGCCGCAUUAGGUCUCCUCUGUCCUUAAAGAUUCCCGUUUCCUGUAUGUCUGAGGAACACGUGGCUUUCUGAGCCUACAAAAAACUGAUUUUUGCCAAUUAAGAAUAAUCGGGAGUUCAUAUGCUCAUAUUUUUUUGGAGACAAGUCAGUGUGAAACAGUCCCGUAGGAACUAAUGGAAAAGUCUGACUUCUGUUUCUCUAAAUGUAGCGUGGUCUGGAAGGAUUUCCUAUGAAUGUCUAUAUAUCUAUGUAUUUACUAGGUAGCAUUAUUUUUUGUGCUACUAGUAAAUAAAAUUAAUGCAAAUGCAAUAGGCCAGACUGAGGUAGAAUAAAAGUAAGCGUGACCCCGCUGAAUGCGGAGGAAGUUGCUUUGGCUUCAGCGCAGGUGGAAGUUGGCAUUCAUGAAGGAAGGAAAAUCAAGUGCUUGUGAUGUUCAGGUACGGGAUAUUUUCAGAUACAUGAUGGAUUCUUUUCUAGAGCAAAACAUGCUUUGUGAAGACUACACGUCUUAAAAGGAAAACUAAAGGAAAAGGUGUUUAACGUUGCCUUCUUGAUCUCAGCGGUGGAAGGGAAAGCUGAACAGUCACGGUUUACUGUGACUACCAAAUAAUGUGCUCUUGUUCCAAAUCCCUUAGCCGUGCUGGCCCUGUUUAUAUAAAGUUUGAUUGUUGUUACUGCAGUGAGCCGAGACUCUUUGCUAUGAAUGCUCAUCUUUUGACUGAGUGUUUUGCGUUAAUAUUUGAAUUCAGGUAGUAAUUAAUGCAGUUGUCAGCGAAUAAGUUGCGGAGGCGGGCUGGGGCUUUAGCUGUUGGUGCACCUGAUGGCCCAAGCAGAUUUUGUAGCAUUUGCUGUUGACAUCUUUUGACGUUAGUGGCCUCUCCAUGUGACGUUAGCCUAGUUGUGCUGAGACGUGGAGAUACUGCGGUCAGAAAAAUGAUUGCCCUGAUAGGGAAGGAAUGAAUUAUACUUCAAAGUAAACUUGCUUUUUCCAACACUGUGAGGUUUCUGUAAUAUUUAGCUUUUAUUUGGAAGCGAUAGCGUAUAGCAUUUUUUAUGCUGUUUGGUUUAUAUUUGUCUACUGCAGGCAUCUUUGUAUAAGCAUAGCCCAAUGUCCCCGUCACGGUGGACACUGUUUUAUAGUGUCCUGCUUGCCAGAAAUAAUAAUUGGAAGCUACUUCUGUACGUUAGUAAGACAAACAUACAACUUGCAAUUACAACGAAGCCCACUUAAGUGAAUGCCUGACAAAGCGUAGCCUGUGAUGCAAACUUUGUCCCUCCUUUAAAGGUUUGGCUUCAAAUCCUGCUAAUACACUGAUGCAUAUUUAGAAUAAUUCCAAAUGCAGGCUCUACUUCUGCAAACACCGAAGCAAAUGAUGUAACUUAGCUCAGGUGUGGAGUUCAGCAUCCGAAGUUCUGAGUCGCAAGCUGAGUGCAGGAUUAGAACCUUUAUUGUGGUCCCACUGGAAGUGGAAUUGGUUUCUGUAUGUACAGAGAUUCCUAUAGAGGGGUUCAGUCCUGUAACAAGGAGCCGGUUGCCUCGAGAGAUGCUGAGAGCAAGUGCUGGGUUCACGGCACCGUGCAGGUUAUUGUCUGAGGGCGAAGAAAGCCACUGUCAGACUCAUGAGUAGGCAGCCUUUGGGACAGAACCGUUCCCAGCAUGUCCUUAUUCUAUUCAACUUGUAAGUAAGUUCCUUAAUGUUAUGCUUUCAAGAAUGAAGAAUCUUAACGUAUUCAUGGCCAGGUGUGAUACAACAUCUGCUGUAGUCAUUAGAAAACGCUUGAUUUUAGCUAACUUCAUUCCACUCGUGAGUCAGUUGCGCAGAUUUGCCUUUAUGUUACCCCUUUACUGCCUGCAUGCCCAAGUUAAACUAUGCAUACCACAAAAACAGUUUCUCUGCAAAGCAGUGAAAAAAAACAAAUUUUCCCCAUUAGUUCUGACCAGAACAAUUCUACAGUCUGGCUUUGGAGUUGUCAAUGGGAGGCAGCAAAUGGAAGAAUACAUAUUAAAUGCUUGACGUCAAACUUUUCUGGGUGGCAGCACCGCUCCCAUGUACUUAAGGACUUCCAGCCGGUUUUUUGAGCGUAGGAAUAAAAUUGGAAGCAGUAAAAGCAGUAAGUGUGUCCUAUGGACUCACUAUCAGAAGUUAUUUUGGUUUGUAAAAGCAAGGCUUCUAGCAGAAAUAUUGUCUUGGUGGCAAUUUAGACACGCUUAUGUUGACUGUGAUGUCCCCGGGCCUGAGUAUGCUUAAUUGCACCUCAAUGGGAGAGACUAAUGAACCUUCUGGCUGUUGCCCGAUACCCCAGGAUAAGCUACAGUGGAAGCCAACAGUACUGCAGAAUGAGAAGUACUUAAAGAAGAAACAGUAGAGGGAGACUAGUUUUACCUGCCAAUACAAUUUUGUGAACUAAUUUUGUAUGGUUCCUUAGAUUUGGUGCCUUGUAUCCGAUAACAUUUUGCAUGGGACAGAAACGUUGGGAAAUCAGUCGUUAAUUCCUGACUGAAGCAGCAGAUUUGUGUUUUUUAUAAGUACUCUCAAUAUCGCUGACGUUUUUACAUUUCAUAUCUGUAUGUGAGUGAAAAAGUUUACGAGCAAGCUCAGAAGCUAGCGUUUUACUGUUACGUGUUUGAAAUCUGUGUUUGUAAUAAUUCGAGGAGCAACUUGUUCAAAGGCAGAUUAGAUUUGGCUUCUUAGAUUUUCUCAUGUCAUCUGGGCCCCUUCCAGCCAGGUCAGUAAGUUGACGCCUAUCACAUCAUGUAACGUGGUGCAGGGAACACAAACUCCAGUGGUUUUUGUUUUUGGUAGAGUAGCUGUAGCUUUGGAAAAGACCUUCUGUUACAAAUAAUGGUAAUGGCUGGCUUAGAAAAGAAAGAAUAUAGUUCCCCUCACCAUGGCAGUGUUUGCACAGAUUUCCACUUAGCAGCACAGCAAACAUUUCCGCACCUGAGCAAAGACAUGUCGUGGUAAUGCCUGCGUGAGUGUGUUAUGCAAGACAUCACUUGUGUAAGGUGGCCAAGUGUCCCUUCUUCAGAGUAAGUAGUAAAAUCCAAGCAGCAGCUCUGAAUUCUGCCUCUUUGUGUGUCUAAUCCCUUCAGCUGGUUUGAGAUCAGAUAGGACGGACUCAGGCAGAGAACUUAUUGCCCGUGGGAAGAUAAAACCUCAAUUAAGUGUUGUUUUUUUUCAUGUCUGUUACAUUAACAUUGAUACCUGUUUAUUGCAGGUAGAUAGAUGGGAAUGUGAAGCAUUCUAGCAAGCUUUUAAAUUUGUAAAAUCUACAGCACAAAUGAAAUGAUCAAAAGCUGUGUAUGUCGGUUACCUGUACCAACUUGUGAUUGUUUGUAUUACUUCAUUUAAGGGGUGUGCCUUUAGGCUACUCCUUCCAUUGUGCUUAUUUUAUUUUCUGUGUGUGAGAGAGAAUGGGUUCCACUUGUUUAAAGGAUAACUGCAUGGUGGGCCAAAAUACCUUCAAAAGAGUUCUUAAGUCUUAAAAAUGCUGUUUGCAAUGUACAUUCCCAAAAGGGGGGAGGAAGGAAAAAAAAAAAAGACCGGGCCAGUGGGCCCAAGACUGACUUUAACCACUGUUAAUUAUUUAUUGUUUUGAAGCGUCUGCUCGACACGGAGUGCGUUUCAGUUACAGCAAAGUGCUCUACCCUUUGGGUUCUUCUUGAACUGCCGUACUACUGAUUUUGUGCAGGUUGGGGUGAGGGAAGGAGACGGGAGGAAUGAAACAACCAGCAACGGUAAAGCCAAGCUGACUGCAGCAGUGAGCUGUGGUCUACGCUCAGUAGAGACAGGAAGCGUCUGAUACGCAGACCUUGUUUGUCAGACGAUUGCAUAUUUUGCAGGUAUAGGCAAUAAAAUCCAAAUGCAGUCUCAUUAGCAGCAAGCUCCCAGUUUGGGGGGCAAAAAUUUCUCUUAUCAGUAAUCUCACACUGGCAAACGAAUGGUGCUUUUCCAUUAAAAAUUGCAGUUCCUAAGGAACAAUACCCCAAAUUCUCAAGUUUUUAAAAAGAAGCUACCUGCCUAAAGCCCACAACGUCACCGUAAAUGCUUCCAUAACUGGACGUGAGAAAGGAGAUGAUACAGUUGGUGAUUGAACACAAUGUGGUUUGUACUUCUUAGUCUUGAUAACAUACUUUCAGUAGAGGUGGCAGGUAGUGAAUUUGACUUUUUUUUCCCUGUGCUAAACCUCCGGUUCUGGGCCCUGACUUGUCAAUUAGAACUCUGUGGAAAUUGGGGUAGAAAAGGCCUGCUUCUGUUCCUGCUUUACACAAACUUUCCAUGUGAGCAUCUCUUCGUGGGAGCGUGAGGCUUUUGAAUGUUCCUCCUGCUGAAGAGGCACAGACACCCCUUCAGCACGGGCAGCGUUGUUACUUAAGCUAGCCUUAUUUCCUUAGAUAACCACAUCCAUGCUAUGGGGAUAACUUGUACUGCUACAACUCUAUUAGUAUGAUUGAAUCAACGCCCUGUUUGCGGAUAGAAGAGGUUAAAGAACGUAUUAUCAUGUGGGCAAGCCAGAGCUCUGCAGGUGAGCGAUGCCACCACAGGCUUGUGGUGCACCGUUGAAUAGGACCUGUAGGUAAGAAGUUAGGAUAACACCCCUGGGGCUCCUCCUCCUUUGCACAGUUGGUGUAGUAGUGUUCGGUCUGCGUAACUCUGUACCUCGGAUUCGGGAAUAUCUCGUAGCACGUCAUCUUUGCUCUCCUUACAUUUAUUAAAUGGAGUUACUAGACUUGGGCCCUAAUGGCUGUUUUCUACUGCUAUGAGAUAAGCUACGCAUAUCCACGUGAAAAUCAGUUUUCACCUUGUUUAUCAGACGUGCAAAGUACAGAAACCUAGAGCCCAUGUAAGAGAGGUCCGUAUUCUUUCCCUGCUUAAUUUCAGCUUUGGUUAAGCAGUCACACCCUAAGCCACGGCCUCCUAUACCUCUACUUAGAUAAGCAAUUUACAGCAAAGGAACAAGUGGCUAAGUUUGUUUCCAGUCAAACUCUCUUACAAGUCUGCUUUUCCAUAGAACAGAUUUAGUUGCAAAGUUCAGGAUGGUUAAAGCAGCUUCUCCGAGAGCAGUGCUGAGCUCCUUCAGGUGUGGCAGGCGCGGGUGGGAUGCUGCUGGGGAGCCCCUGCUUCCACUAAUGCCCCGGAAGCUCCGCUGUUGACUUGAGCAAGGGCAGAAUUAAAGUUAAUCUUCAGGCCUUUUAAAGUUAAUCCUGCUCUAAGUUAAGAUCCCUGGAAGGGUGCUGUUGACAACGGCUGGGCAGAACACGAGCGUUUUUCUUUCAGGAUGAAAUCCCCUUGCAGCCCCUGUGAAAACAAGAGUAAAAAGCUGCUCUGCUUUCUUGGAUAAGGAUCAAAGCUGGAGCUUGGGUGGGUUUCCUGAUUUAUCAGUGACUUCUGGGGGUGCUUUAAGUCAGAACAGCCUCUAGUUUCUGCUUCGAGUUUCUGCUGCUUACGUCACUAAUGACAAGCCGGUGUAUGCCGUGCUCAUGAAAGAGACUGCCUUUGCUUCAAGGACACUCCUAGGCAGCAGCGAGUGACAAGAGAAUCCAAUUAAUGACCGAAUGUUUCUGGCACUCUGUCCAGCUGUCUCACAGCUCAGUGCAAACACUCGAAGCACUGCUCCUAAUCACGGGGUCAGCAGCUUUUAUUUCAGUCAAGGUUUAAGACAACAUCAAGUAAGUCACCUGUGGCAGCCUUAUGUACUUAGCUGCAUGAACUACCCCCUGCCUGAACCCCGGCCUCAGGAGGCGAUGAGUGUGUUCUAAAUCAGAACUCAGAUUAACUAGAAAAUGACCUAAUGUUCUAAUUAAUCCCUUUUUCCUUCAGAAACUCUUCCUGCAGAACUUGGAUUAUCCAUACUUCACAAGAACUUUGUUUCUUUACAGGAUGUAAAAAGUCCUGCUUUGAAAGCAGCAUUUUAGAACAUCUGUCAGUAGUGGAAUUAAUUUCUUUCAGGCAGGUUAAAGGGGCAGUUCUCAGCCACAAAGCGCGGGGGCAGUGCUACUUCAAAGGAGUGUCUUAAAUUAAAAACCUGUGCACGACUGUCCCAAAGAAUCCGAAGCCAUGUUGCAGUCAUACUGCCAUAACGCUCAGGGCUGGGAAGUUACUCCGCUCUACAACUAGCAUCUUCUGGAGCUGCAGUGUCCCCUGUCUGCUGAAAUUACACCUACAGCUCCCCCGGCAGCCUCGUGUGCUGCUUUCGCUGCCCCUUCGACAGCUUCACCACCCCCAGCUGGACUCCAAGGCGGUAAGGGCAAGCUGUAGUUUCAGGCCAUGGAACUAAAAUGCUAUGCAACACCAAAUGGCUUCUUUUCCCCCAAAAAGGGUCCUAAUUCUUUUACAGUGAACAUCCCAGCUUUAUCUCAGCCAGGCAUCACCCAUGAAACCUUCCGGUGGUUAGAGUUUACCUAGGGCUUUUUACAGUUUUGUUUUUCCUUUGAAUAAGUAGCUGAUGGGUCCUGCUUACAACCCAGGACUGGAC